AUGUCGAAGAGACAACAACCUUUGAGAGGCAGUGCACAAGAACUUGCAAAAUCUGUCCAAAACUCACCAAAUAAAGCUAAAAAGAGCGAUAAUGUGACACCUAAGGCGAUGAAGGAAACAAAAGUAGAAAGUAUGGACGAAGUGAGCAAGAUUGACGAGCUUUACAAAAUGAUACAGACUGUGCUAGUGAAAUUAGAGACGCUCGAUUUGAUUAAUGAGCGUAUAUUAUCUGUUGAGCAAAGUGUAAAAAGCCUAACAGAAUCAAUCGAGUUUGCGCAUGGAGAAAUUCGUGAUUUGAAGGAGGAAAUGGUGAAAAGAAAGGAGACGGAGCGAGAAAACUACUCACGGAUCAAGGAACUGGAAGAUUCGAAUCGGCGGUUACAAGACAGUGUGGUCGACCUCAAAGCGAGAUCAAUGCGGGACAACCUGUUGUUCCACAAUAUUGAUGAAGCAGAAGAGGAAGAUUGCACUGAAGUGAUCUAUAGCUUGUUGGAGGAAAAACUUGAUAUGCCAGAAGCAAGAAGCAGCAUCAAGAUCGAUCGAGCGCACAGAGUUGGUAGGAAACGCGAUGGCCACAGAAAUCCGAGAGCCAUCGUUGCAAAAUUUAAUUUUUUCCCCGAUCGGGAGAAAAUUCGCUUCAAUGCGAAAAAAUUAAGGGGAACAAAGAUCGGUAUCUCCGAACAGUUUCCUGAAGAGAUUGAAAAAGUGCGUCAAACCCUCUACCCUGAGAUGAGGAGAGCAAAGGCGGCAAAGCAGAGAGUGCGUUUGGUUCGUGAUAAACUUUAUAUUAACAAUGUGGAGUUUAUUCCCCAUAAUAAUUAA